UGGUGCAAAAUCAUGCCGCUUGGAGGAGCACGAAUCACCAGGCACACGGAAGCGCCUAGGUGUCAAGAAAAGGCGUUGGCGGUGGCAGCAGAAGCAAAGGGGGGCAGAGAAUAAACUAGAAAUGUCCUCUGUAGCAUAUAUUCUCCGAGGCUGCCGCGCUUCUCCCUCUUCCUCUCUGCUCCUGUCUUGCACCACAACCAACACCUCUCGCUCCUUCUCCGCUCUCUCCUUCUCUCCAUCCCCCUUUUCUUUCCCUUCAUCUUCGGAGAAGCUCCACAAGGUCCAUCCCUUUCUGAGAAUGGAGGUACUUCGUUUCUUGUUACCCAAACGUUUCAUCCGUCAUUUCUGGACUGGAAGUUCAAUUGCUAAAACAAAAAUCAAAGGAUUGGUGGAGCAUUUGAAGGAGUAUGGUGUAAUCAAGUCAAAGAACGUGGCAGAAGUAAUGGAAACUAUUGAUAGGGGAUUAUUUGUGCCUGAGGGCAAUCCAGCUUAUGUUGAUAGUCCUAUGCCUAUAGGUUAUAAUGCGACUAUAUCUGCGCCACAUAUGCAUGCAUCCUGUUUAGAACUUUUGGAGGAGCAUCUCCAGCCAGGCAUGCGUGCUUUAGAUGUUGGUUCAGGUACUGGUUACUUGACUGCAUGUUUUGCCAUGAUGGUUGGUCCACAAGGCCGUGCAAUUGGUAUUGAACACAUUCCAGAAUUGGUUGCUUUUUCCAUUGACAAUAUCAAUAAAAGUGCUGCUGCACCAUUGCUCAAGGGUGGUUCCCUCUCUGUGCAUGCUGCUGAUGGAAGGCUUGGGUGGCCUGAAUUAGCACCUUAUGAUGCCAUUCAUGUCGGAGCAGCAGCAUCUGAAAUUCCUCCAGCAUUGCUAGAGCAGCUGAAGCCUGGAGGUCGGAUGGUGAUUCCUGUUGGAAACAUUUUCCAGGACCUGAAGGUGGUUGAUAAGAAUCUGGAUGGCUCUAUAAACAUCAGGAAUGAAGCAUCCGUGCGUUAUGUUCCUCUGACAAGUCGGGCAGCUCAGUUGCGGGAAUAAAUACAUGAAAGCCCUUUCAUCAAGCUUAAGGCUAAACUCCAGUUGAAACGAUCUUGUACAUAUCAAAAGCCAUGGUGAGUGUCAGUUUUGUAAAUUUCAUAGCUGUGAGACUGAUUUGCAGGUUGCCUCCAGCUUAUGAGGAUGUGAUGCUGGACAACUUUUGGUUUACUUGAAUGAUAUGCUUGUGUAGCCUCUAAAGUAAAAUGGAAGCUUUAAUUUGUUUGUUAUGCAGCUCAUUUUCACUGGUAGCAUAAUUAGAAUGUGAAUUUGCAUUGAUGUAGCUAUUUGAGCUAGUCUGCAUUUAAGCAUGUAAGUUUCAUUGUAGAAAUUGUUUCUUGUACAGAAGAGUGCUCAGUUUUGGUA